UUUAAAAAAGAAAAAAGGGUAGAUGAGCUCUUUUUCUUGUUAUACUUUUUUGUUUUUCUGGUUAUUCUCUUACACUUCACAGUCAUCAUAUCUUUGGGAUUUGAUCUGAAGAAUAUUAGUGGCUUCUAAAAUUUUGCUGGAUAAAUUUUUCAGUUUCCGGUAAAUCAAUAACAAGAAAUUAAACAAAACCCAAUUCUCAUAAUACACAAAUCAUUUAUCUUCCAUUUUCAAGAUUCAUCCUUUAUCCUACAAUUUGUGUAUAUUACAGUUGACCACACUGUAAAGUUCUCAUUUUGACCCCAUUCCCUUAUCCGCCAUUGGGUAUGAAUUAAUUUUUGUGCCUUCUUUUCCUAUUGAAUUGUACUUUCGUAAUUGUUUUGCUAUGUUCUUGUACAGUUUAGGGUUUAUGUGAAUCUGUUUCUUGUUCAAUAUUGUGGUUUUGUGAAUAUUAGGGCUUGUUCUUUAUUGGGUUGGAUUGAUAUUUGUGGUAGAGUAAGAAGGUGUAGUGUUUAAGUGAUGGUGGUGGUAUCUGGGACUGGAGACCCUGUUGAGUCAUUUCUGAAUUCAGUACAAUUUGUUAAGAAUGCGUUUUCGCCGAUAGAGUUAGGUAUUAAGAAAGUGGCAAAGGAUUUUGAGCAUUGUUGGCCUGGUCCAAAGACUGGGAAAGUUGAGAGUUGUACUAGUAGUUGUGGUUCUGGAUUAGAUGUCAAGAAAAUGAGUGUAGUUAAGCAAGGUGAUGAGAAAAAGAAGGGCUUGUUGAUAAAGUUACCGAUUAAGAUGUUCGUUGGAAUAUUUGGGAAUAAUGGGCAGACCAAUAAAGGGGGCAAUAAUGUGGCUAGGAAAGGGUUGAAGGAGAAGUAUGGUGGCAGCAAAGGGGAUGGGAGUUGUGCGAACUGUCUGCAAUUUGCUGUGGCUUGGUCAUUGUUGAUGAAUGGUUUUGUUCAGGCUGUUCCGAGCCCCUUUAAGACUGUGAAAAAGCGUGUUCAGAAGGCGAGCAAUGAGGAUAGUGCUCGUGAUGAUGUUAAAGAUAAUCUGAGGGUAAAUUAUGUGAAGGAAAAGAAGCACAAAGAGGGAAAGAAUUUAUCAGUUGAGUGCUUUCUUGGUUUUCUUUUUGAUCAAGUAGCUUUGAAUCUUCAAAAAUUUGACAUAGGAGUCCAACAGAAGGAAUGUCAGAUUGCCGAGUCUAAUCAAAUUCCUCCGCCUGCCAAUAAAUUUCAUCAUUUCAAGAUUUUUGUCAGUAUUUUAGAGGGGAAAAGAGCUGAUGUCAAUGGAUUUCUUGGGAAUCUGAAUUUUGCUAGAGUAGGAGGUGUUCCUUCAAGUAUUGUUGAUGUAGAUUCUUCCGUGGGAGAAGAGAGAGAAGGUGGUGUUAACGAUAUUGGUGGUCAAGAAGAGAGCACUGGAAAUUCCGCAAGAAGUUUAGCAAAUGGUUUGCUCAGUAUUCCAUUAUCCAAUGUCGAGCGUUUGAGAUCAACAUUGUCCACAGUUUCAAUAACAGAACUAAUUGAGCUCUUGCCUCAGUUAGGACGACCUAGUAAAGAUCAUCCUGACAAGAAAAAGCUGUUCUCUGUCCAGGACUUCUUCAGAUACACUGAGGCUGAAGGUAAGAGAUUCUUUGAGGAGUUGGAUAGAGAUGGUGAUGGUCAAGUCACCUUGGAAGAUCUUGAAAUUGCUAUGAGAAAAAGAAAAUUGCCAAAGAGAUAUGCCCAUGAAUUCAUGCGUCGUGCUAGAAGUCACUUGUUCUCAAAAUCUUUUGGGUGGAAACAAUUUCUGUCCUUGAUGGAACAGAAGGAACCCACCAUCCUGCGGGCUUACACUAGUCUUGCUUUGAGCAAGUCAGGCACAUUGCAGAAGAGUGAGAUACUUGCAUCGCUAAACAAUGCAGGACUUCCAGCAAAUGAAGACAAUGCUAUUGCCAUGAUGCGCUUUCUAAGUGCGGAUGCAGAAGAAUCUAUUUCCUAUGGACAUUUCCGGAACUUUAUGCUGUUACUUCCAUCAGAUCGGCUUCAAGAAGAUCCUCGAAAUAUCUGGUUUGAGGCUGCUACGGUGGUUGCUGUUCCUCCACCCGUAGAAAUUCCUGCUGGAAGUGUCCUAAAGUCAGCAUUGGCGGGAGGCCUUUCUUGUGCAUUGUCGACAUCCAUAAUGCACCCUGUGGAUACGAUUAAGACACAAGUACAAGCAUCAACGCUUACCUUUCCACAAAUCAUAUCGAAGCUUCCCGAACUUGGAGCAAGGGGAUUAUACAGAGGUUCUAUUCCUGCUAUUCUAGGGCAGUUUUCAAGCCAUGGCUUGCGUACUGGAAUAUUUGAAGCAAGCAAAGUUGUGCUGAUUAAUAUUGCUCCUACACUUCCAGAGCUACAGGUUCAAUCUGUGGCAUCAUUCUGCAGCACUUUCUUAGGUACUGCUGUGAGAAUACCUUGUGAGGUGCUCAAGCAAAGAUUGCAAGCUGGUCUUUUCGACAAUGUUGGGGCAGCAAUCGUUGGCACUUGGCAGCAAGAUGGUCUUAAGGGUUUUUUCCGUGGAACUGGUGCCACUCUCUGCCGUGAGAUUCCAUUUUAUGUUGUAGGCAUGGGCCUAUAUGCCGAGUCCAAAAAGGCAGUGCAACAGCUUCUGGGGCGAGAGUUGGAGCCUUGGGAAACAGUUGCAGUUGGAGCUUUAUCUGGUGGGUUUACAGCCGUCUUAACGACUCCAUUUGAUGUGAUAAAGACCAGAAUGAUGACUGCUCCGCAGGGGAGGACUGUGACGUCAUCGAUGGUCGCAUUAUCAAUUCUCCGUCAUGAAGGACCCCUCGGAUUGUUUAAAGGAGCUAUUCCUAGAUUUUUCUGGAUUGCUCCUCUGGGUGCGAUGAAUUUUGCUGGCUAUGAGCUAGCAAGGAAAGCCAUGGACAAGGAGCAACUUGCUCAGAAAAGUGGCUAGCAGAACAUCGGCUCGGAUUUUGUGUAGAGAUGGUAACAUGUAAAAGCUGCUGGGAAAUUUUGAACCUUUUCCAAGUCACAGCAGUGACUAAUUGCAUCGCAUUUAAUUUGUCGAAAUCCCUGCAUUUUCUCGUUAGAGGCGACAACCUUUUAGAUUUGGCCUCUGGAACAGUUGUAAAUUGUCAUUAGCAGCAUCUUUUGCUUUGUAAUAUCAUUUUGUACAUCAUCUUGUGCAGUUACUAACCUCGAUACAUCAAGCUCUAGAUCUAGUACAAAAUGAACUGAAAACCUUUUUUGAAACUUCACAUGUUAAACAACUGUUGAGCAGAAUA